CGCGAAAAGUUGGAGAUCCGAUUUGUUAUUUAUCUUUGCGUACAAAGCUAACUUCAAUGUAUGGGGGGACACGAAACUCAGUCCACUAAUUUUGGUGUAAAAAAAUGUUUUCAAAUUAAAAAGUAAAACUGGCUUUCCUGCAGACCAACUAGUUUCCGGUUUAAAUUCCACUGUGCGCCGACGGUACCCGUUUGCACGUUUGGAGCGUUCCUUUAACCGGUCACGUGAUUUAAACGACGGACCAAUGAGGAGCUUUAAAUCGCGUUCGCGCGCCAAGCGUUUGAGCGUUUUGGCGGACUGGCGUCGCGGUGCUCCCGGAGAGCGGUGGUGUCUUUAAAUGCCAGUUUCUCGGACUCGGAAGGAAGUGUGUUUUUGUGGUCGCAGCUGCUGUUGAUCAACAAGUACGAAAUGGAGCAGGUGUCAACACCUAUGGCAGAACGUUUGAGAGACUAUUUGUGCUACAGCCACGACGUGAAAGUCUCUGGUGACUCACUGAAUGUCCAGCCUGGCUACAGUGUGUAUGACCUACUUCAGUCCAGCAAGACUAAGACUGAGGCAGAUUUCAGCAGUGCACCUCAUGAAACUGAUGUAUCAACUCCAGACCAAAAAAUCCCUAAUGCAACACUGGACUCGUCAGGCUCAGGUGAUGUGGAUCACCUUCGUCGCAGAGGCCGUCCAAGGAGUGAAGACAUUGAGCUUCUUCAAAAUGUAGGCAAGAGGGCUAAAAGCCUCAUUCAGUGCAAGUUCUGUUUCAGGGAGUUUCCUAGGGAAAAAUCACUACAAGCACACAUUCGUGUUCACACAGGUGAACGUCCAUUUGUAUGUGACUACCCUGGCUGUGGCCGGCGGUUCACCCAGAGUGGCCAGCUGAACACCCACCAGCGCCUCCACACGGGGGAGAAGCCGUUCACCUGCUCCACACCAGGGUGUACGAGCCGGUUCACGCACGCCAACCGCCAGUGCAGCCUGCACCCCAAGUCGGCGCUGCACCGCGUACCUCCCGAGGACUGCGUGCCCUGCGCCAAGAUCCUCAACGAGGCGUCUCCCGAUGUGCGAGAGUGGUUCCAGAGGUUCUACCGGCAGCGGAUGGAGCGGACGCCGGCCAAGGGCGCGCGCCGGCCGGCCGCCAAGGAGCAGUGCCAGACGCCGACGCGCUCCACCGAGCUGGACGGCGGCCGGCUGUCGCGGCUGAAGCGCGGCCUGGCGCCGCUGCUGCAGCAGCACGGCGAGCCAGAGCCGCCGGCCGAGCCCGACACGCCGGCCGAGCCGCGGCGACCCGAGUGCCGCGAGCAGCCGCCGCCGCCCGAACCGGUGAGGAUGAGCCCGCGCAAACACCCGCGCCCGGUGAUUGUGUCGCCGCCGCGGCGGCCCCUGCCUGUCACAGAGAUGUUCCCCGAGCCGCUGAGCCUGGUGGUGCGCCGCAGCCCGCGGCGCCACCCGCCAGCCAGGCCCGCGGCCGCCGCCGGCUGGGACAGCGACGAGAACACGCCCGUCCGCCAGAGCCCGCGCCGCGAGGAGGCGCGCCGCCGCUACCAGGCACUGCUGGCCGGCAGUCCGGUGCGCAACCCCAAGAAGCGCUGGUUCAUCCAGUGUCUGAAGGAUCAGAUGUCGGGCACGCUGUCGCUCAGUCCCGCCAAGACGCCGGCGUCGGCGGUGGGCUCGCCGGCGGCGGCGCACGUGCCGACCAUCACGCAGCGCCGGCUGAACCUGGACGCCAUCGACGACCCGCCGCCGCGGCCCAGCGUCAUCCGCGCCGGCGCCUCGCGUAUGGUCGGCGCCAUGGCGCUGGUGGAGCUCUCCAACACGCGCUGCUGGGAGGGCCAGGCAGCGCCACCUCAACAGUGAAAGUGGGUCUGUUCUGCUUUCCGACCGGUGGGAUAGCGCGGCUCGUUGGUCUAGGGGUAUGAUUCUCGCUUCGGGUGCGAGAGGUCCCGGGUUCAAAUCCCGGACGAGCCCAUUCGCGUUUUCGUGUUCGUUUUGAUGCGCUGUGAGCUAAACCUGUGCUGUUUGGUCAUACUGUUUUGUAGCAAGUAGUUCCUGUCUUAUCAUAAUACUCGUCAUGCGUCCAAGUCUCUUUCAUUUUGCCUCGGUUUGACCCGAUCAUGAAAGCGCUGGUAUCAGGGAGAGGACUAGUCUAAUCAAUUACCCUCCCCCACUUUCCUUGACUACGUGUCCGCACGUAUGGUUCCAUUCCUAGUAUAGUUUGCCUUAGAAUGUGUUUAAAAAGUGGAAAUCGGGAUGUAUCCUGGCUUUUGGUAUGAAUUUAUGUGUUGUGCAAACACUGCAACUUUUUGCGCAGAAUGUUGCAUUGACGAGGAGGUUGUUUUGUUUUAGCGCUGCUUUAUCAGACCCCCUGAGGCACCUUUUUGCAGUUACCGUCCUUUCGAGCGAUGUUCCUUUAGCGAUCGCGAUUCGCGAACACUGGAGGUGCUGGUUGGUGGCUGGCACCACUGAAUUGUUGAGCCAGAUUUGGGGGUCGCUUUUACUUUUGCCUCCUGACUCGCGCAUCUUGCUUUUAAAAUCGUCAUCUCUUUUGAGAAAUUUUGUGUUUGUAUUUAUUACUUUACGUAGCUACUGUUUGUGCGUCGUACUGUAAAUAUGACAAUCUGCUAAUGUUGCCGCUCUCGGCGCUAGUGCCUAUUAUAGUGUGCUUUGCUCGCGUGCCGGCUCGGGACAGAGCUCGGCGCUCGCGCGGCUGUGUGUGCCGUCCAGGGAGGUAUGCUCGCGGUGCACUGGGGUGAAAUCGUUAGCAAUCACCUUCAUACUUCUCAGAGGCUGUCUUGUUUGCACUUUGCUCUGUAGCAUCGUAAUCGGUUUAAUCCAACUUCUUGAUCCGCCGAUGGGUCGUGCUCCCGCUUUGUAGGCCAGUUAAGCGACUAAGUGUUCCAUGUGUGGGGGGGGGGCGUGAUUUGAUGCUGUCGCUCGUGUACAAAACGCCCGUCGGCUGCGGCUUGUAGUUACAAGUCGCGGCGCGACCGGAACCGGCUGUGUGGUUACUUGUGGUCUGGUUAGCGAGGGGAUGCCUGGCUUGUUCUACUCGGCUGUCUCUCAAUCAGCAGGGAUGUUUGGUAGUUGGCUCGUUGGUCUAGGGGUAUGAUUCUCGCUUAGGGUGCGAGAGGUCCCGGGUUCAAAUCCCGGACGAGCCCUUGCUUUUAUAUUACUUUUUGUAGACAUAACAAUAAAUUUUAAUAACAUGC